UUAGUAGCGGCGCUAUCAAUUAGGUGGCAAUGCUUGUAUAAGCGAAGUAUAAGUUCUGAAAUAGGGUCGUAGAGAAAGUGAGGUUAACAUUUGUUGAUAAUGAGCUUAUGGUUUUCGUCGAUAUCUCGUUGUUCGCGUUGUAUCAUAGGAAAGAAAGUGUCUGUAUCGUUUAGAAUAAUGAUAUCUCGAACGAAGACUGAUGAAGUUUUAGAAAAUUUAAAAAGUAAUCCGUAUUUUAAUAAAUAUGCAAAGAAAAUCGCAGAACUUCAACAAAUAAAUCCAGAUUUAUUGAGCGAACGCAUCGAAAAGCAAGAAAAAAAAAUGCAAAAAAAAAAAGAAAAACAAGAAAGUAGUAACUAUCAAGCUAAAGCGAAAAACAAAGUAAUACAGCCGUCGCAUAUCAAAGAAGCACGUUUGAGCGAUAUAAUGAAUAUGGACAUGAUACGGGGAAAGACGAAAGAAGAAAUUGAACAAAUUUGGACCGAAUAUCAUAAGCAGAAAGAUUACAUUUGUGCGAUAAUGGAAUCCCAGCAAUACGAAAGGAUAUUCGAUUGCGGAAAGAAAUAUCCUUUGUUUCUAUUACCAUUACCAAGAAAACAGGGCUAUGAAUUCUUUUUAAGUCAGUUCCAAGGGAAUAAAGUUUAUAUGACGUCUCUUUUAUGGUAUCAAACUCACAAGGAGAACGCGCCCGAAUGUUUAACGCUAACGCAUUAUACAGAAUUUAAAGAUAGCAAGGGCAUAGUACUAAUGCGCGGUGAAUUUGAUUUAAAUUUUUUAAAUUGUCAGGAAGCACAAUGUUUGGCUAACGAACUUCAGUUAUAUUAUACCGGAAAAAGUUCAGAAAGAUUGAAAUUAUUGGAAACAUUUAAUAAUGCACCUAAUGACUUCAAAUAUAACGAUCUUAUCGGUCAGUUAGAAAAAAUAUCUUUUCUAACGUAAUCAUAUACAUAGUAUAUAACACAAGAGUAGUAAUUUUAUGUAUUUUUAUUCGAGCAAACAUAUAAAACGUAUUAAAUAUUUGACGAAUGGAGGAAAUAUCGAACAGAAAUGUUUCUUUGUUGGACUAUAUAGAAAGUUUAUGUUUUAGGUCACAUACAUUUAUUAUAUAUCAUUGGUAUAUAUCGACGGUUUCGAAGAAGAGAUCUGAAAUUGGUCGGAAGAGCAAACGCAUGUUUUCCCUUAUAUCCCAGCUUAUAUCCUUCAAAUUUAAACAGUGAUUCGGAAAUGAGGGAGAAAAAGGGCGUUUGCCCUUUUCUCAUACAUCGUUCGAGCUUGAAUUUUUAAAGAAUCGUACGAACGAUAUCGAUUAUCUAUGUCGACAUAGAUGUGAAAAAUAUUAGUUCUUUUUUUUCCUCGAUAUCCUGGAUGGUAGGAAAGGAAAGAUGACAAGUUUUAUGAUCGACGAGCUGACAUAAGCCGAAAGCCCUAGCAUUGUGUGUGCAUUGAGAGUGAGACGUUAAAAAAAAAAAUGAACAAUGCUGUACUUGAACCAAGAUGAACAAUUUUGAAGAACACAUAUUUCGACACGUGCAUUACAAAUUUAAUUGCGAUCUGAUGAAAUACAUAACGUCGAAUUUCUCUCAUUAAAUGGAAUAUUUAUUGUGAUCCAGUGAAUGGGGCGUUAAUUGCGAAUUAUCGUUCUCGCUCUGAACGGAGAGAUCCAAAAUUAAAUUAUAUCAAUCUAUUAUCAAA